AUGUCGGAGGGGUUGUGCGCGAACGACCCCAUCUUCGACGUGCCGCCGCUGCCCACGGAUGAGCAGGUGAAGAGGUUCGGCAUGGACGGCGACGGUCCGUACCCCACGAUCGCCCCGGGCGCGAUGACCUGGACACAGCUGGACACCCUGAGGCAUCAGAUCGCGGCGUUCUCGCACCUCUGCGAGCAGCGCGCUCUGCUGACCCAGCAGAUCUACGAGGAGAGCAAGCCCGGGCAUCAGCGCUCCCAGACCCUCGCGGCGAUCGCCAACUCCAUCGGCGUCUCCGCGGCCGGAUCCCAGCCCUCCUACCCCGGUCCCGUCUACUCCAAGGGGGGCGACGGGCCCAGGGGCGCGCGUUGGACCCCAUCCGCCGCGCAGCUCGCCCGACUCGAGGAACUCUUCGCGACGGGCAUGGGCACCCCAAACGGCGACCUGCGGACGAAGAUCACCGACGAGCUCGCCAAGCUCGGGCCGGUCAACGAGGCGAACGUGUACAACUGGUUCCAGAACAAGAAGGCGAGGACGAAGAAGAAGCUGCUCGAGGAGCAGGCGGCUAAGAACCGAUCCGGAUGA